AUGUUAAAGGAGCCUUCUUUCCAUGUGCGUGACAAAGUCUCACUUUGGUGGAAGGAUCUUUGUGCGGUUGGAUGUGCGGACUCGGAGCUUUCAUCAAAUCGGUUAAAAGCGUCCAUUUCUUUCAAACUUGGAAAGGGCUCUUUUUUGGAAUUUUGGUUUGACACUUGGUUCGGUACAACACCGCUUGAAACUCUUUUUCUGGAUCUAGUUCUUUUGACGAGUAAUCCGCACGCAAAGGUGGCCGAUAUGGGUAGUUGGAAUGGAGAAACUUGGAAUUGGUCUUUUGAUAUCAAUUGUGAUGUGGAAAACGGGGCAGCCGCGACUCAAUUUUUUGACUUGGUGAUUCUUCUUGCUCCGGUUCAACCUUGUCAAUUGAUCGAGGAUUCGUUUGUUUGGUGGCGUAAUACUUCCGGAUUGACGGUGAGUAAUGCUUAUGAUUCCAUAUUGUCCUUUGACUCUUUGACACCUCUGUUGAACAAUUCGAAUAGCUUAGCUUUUUCUCGUUUAUGGAAGACAAAGGUUCCUAGUCGUAUUCAUAUUCUCGGUUGGAGAUUGAUUUGGAAUAGACUUGCUUCGAAAGUGGAAUUAGCUAAACGUGGAAUUCUAUUAGAUCCUAGUUUGUUGGUGUGUUCUUUGUGCGGUCGGGCUCAAGAGGAUCUUGAUCAUUUUUUUCUUCAUUGUGACAUUGCUAGAGAUUGGUGGAAUAAAUUGUUUCUUUGGCUCCAUUUGGAUGAUAUCAUUCCGACCGGAACAAUUUUGGAGCGGAUUAUUUGUAUGGAAAAUUAUUGUAAGUCAUAUUUUAAUUUAGAUGUGGGUUGGUACUUUGGCUUAAUAUUUUGUUGGACUAUUUGGAAAUGUAGGAAUGAGGUGAUCUUUAACGGUUGGUUUUGUCUAAGUUUGAUGGGUUGA